CGCCCCCGCAGCGAGCACAGGUGAGCGUGCGCCUGACCCCGGCGGAGGAGGAGAGCGCGAGCGGAGCGGAGCGGAGCAGCGGCGGGAGACUCGUGUCGAGGCGCCCACACCUAGUUCUGGUUCUGCCGAAGUGCACGGCUCCAUAUGCCUCCAUGAGUGACCCCUGACCCGUGAAGCCCCUCCCCUCCAGUCAGUCCCGUCCAAUCGCGCGCUUCGCCAUGGUUUGCCACAACAACGCGAAUGUGAGUUUCUUCUACAACCUCAGCAAGAAGAGCAUCAGCGACACGUGGAGGCCCAAAGACGUGGUGGUGGUGUCCCUGGGCCUGCUGGUCUGCGCCUUCGUCAUCUUCGCCAACAUCCUGGUCAUGCUGGCCAUCUUCAUCAACCGCAGGUUCCACUACCCCAUCUACUACCUGCUGGGGAACCUGGCGGCGGCCGACCUGUUCUCCGGCAUCUCCUACCUGUACCUGAUGUUCCACACGGGCCCCUGGACCAGCAAGCUCUCCAUCCAUGGGUGGUUUGUGCGGCAGGGUUUGAUCGACACCAGUCUGACGGCGUCCGUCAUUAAUCUGAUGGCCAUCGCGCUGGAGCGCCACCAGACCAUCUUCACCAUGCAGCUGCACAGUAAGAUGACCAACCACCGGGUGGUGCUGCUGAUCGUGGGCAUCUGGCUCAUCGCCAUAGUGCUGGGUUUGGUGCCCUCUAUGGGCUGGAGCUGCGUCUGCAACCUCCAGCAGUGCUCCAACAUGGCGCCGCUCUACAGCCGCAGCUACCUGGUGUUCUGGGCCGUGCUCAACCUGCUGACCUUCACCGUCAUGGUGGCCGUCUACACGCGCAUCUUCAUCUACGUGCGCCGCAAGAGCCACCGCAUGAGCCAGCACACCUCGCAGGCCAAGCACAAGGAGACCGUGGUCAACCUGAUGAAGACCGUCGUCAUGAUCCUGGGUUGUUUCGUGGUGUGUUGGACGCCGGGGCUGGUGCUGCUUCUCCUGGACGGUUUGUGUGAGUCCUGCGACGUCCUGACCUACGAGAAGUUCUUCCUGGUGCUGGCCGAGUGCAACUCCUUCAUGAACCCCAUCAUCUACUCCUACCGCGACAAGGACAUGCGCGACACCUUCAAGCGCAUCCUCUGCUUCCCGUGUGUGGGGUCGCAGCAGGAGGGCGAGCACUCGGGCGCGCACUUCAACACCCUCGAGCAAGAGCGGAGACGGCGCGUGCUGCAGGAGUCGUGGGUUGUAUGUAGAUUCGCUUGCAUUUAAAUCCUCAAUCAGUCUCCAUAAUCACUCCGUUUACCCUGAUUUGCGUCCGUCGGCACACUAACGCUCACUAACCGGUUCCCGUGAGGUUUUAUCUGCGCCGCAUGCACAGCUGAUGGUGUCACUGAGGGUCUUUCAUGAUGUUUUGUUCUCUUUAAACGACCAGUUCCUGUGUGUGAAUGACGAGCAUGUUUGUGCAUGCUCCUCUAAUGUCUUUGUAAUGCUGCGGUCGCGUUUCUGGCUAACAGAUGUGCAUCGCUCACUGUGUGUGCGCACUGAUCAUGUAAAUAUUUGCAGGUUUGUCAAGAGUGGCGUGCAUAAAGCAUCACAUCCGUGCUCUCUUCCUCUCACACACACAGCUGGUUUUGAUCCUCUAGUGGUGCUCUCGUGUAACUGCGGCACUAACUAGCCAGCAUGCUGCUCCGCUCCCGUGAUUCCUGCAUUAACUACAUUUAAAAUGUCCCUGGUUUUUAAAGAGGGUCUUUUUUUUA